UCACCAGGAUCGACACAUUCAGUAUGGGUGGUGGCGAGACGCAGAGUAGAACUACCUUGUCCACUCGACCCCAAACUACCAGACGACCAAGCAAUGUUGGUUCUUUGGUACCGAGCAAGCAAUACUAUUCCGGUAUACAGUUAUGACGCAAGAGUGGGCGAAUUCCGCUCAGGCAUAAGAUGGGCAGACGAGACGGUUCUGGGCAGCCGAGCAUACUUUCUGCCACGAUCUGACCCGCCUACGUUGUCCCUAGACCCUGCACACGCCCAAGACCAAGGCGUGUAUACUUGCCGGGUGGACUACCGCCUCUCACCCUCCACCACCGCCGUUGUCAACCUUACUGUAGUUAUUCCCCCGGGUCCCCCCAUGGUGCUCUGGCGUGGGCGUGGGGUGGUGGGCGCUGUAGGACCCCUGGGAGAGGGACAGAGGACUGAUCUCACCUGUCGCAGUUCAGGGGGUCGUCCGUCACCUGUCCUCACCUGGUGGCACAGUGGACGCCGUCUCCCUCUACUCAGUGCUAACUCAUCAUUAGACCCUAUCUCUGGGACGUACACGGCGGAAUCGGUAGUAUCAGUGACAGCGACGAGAGAGCUACUUAGGGAGACGCUAACUUGUCAGGCCCACAUCCCCAUGGAGGGUGAGAACCGUGAGACGACCAUCGUUCAGCCCCGCACAGCCACGGUCUCUCUCAAUAUAACAUUGGCGCCGGUGGAGGUGAGGAUCUUGGGUUCAGGAUCAGCGGUGACGGCAGGAACCACCAUGAGGCUUGUGUGUCGCGCCGCGGGUUCACACCCCCCAGCCCACCUUACCUGGUGGCGUGGCCACUCCCGCCUCCCCCAGGUCACCCACUCUAUAGAUGAUGGGGGGAACAUCACGACGGCGACGCUGACGAUUAUGGUGAACCGAGAGCACGACGGUACCAUCCUCUCCUGCAGCGGCGUCAACCCUCUCCUCCACCAAGCUCCCCUCACCGACACCACCACUCUUGUUGUCUACUACGCACCGGUAGUCGGUCUUGGGUUUGGAAAGAACGUGAAACCUGGUCUGUUGAAGGAAGGGGACGACGUAUACUUCGAGUGUAACAUAGAAGCUAACCCGACCUUCCAUCGCGUCGACUGGCAUCACAAUGGUGUUGAGUUGGUGCACAACAUGAGCGCGGGUGUGGUGAUGAACGGACUGGACUUGGUGCUAAGGAACCUGCAGAGGAAACACUCGGGUUCUUACACGUGUACCGCCGCCAACAUCGAGGGCCGCACCACCAGUAACGCCGUCCACCUUACAGUCAGGCAUUCGCCCAUGUGUGCCGGAGAUAAACGGGAGAGAACCCAGGGAGCCGCCCGGGGUACUAUGGCGGCCGUCAAGUGCACGGUGGAGGCAGAGCCUGACGAUGAUCUCACCUGGACGUGGAUCAGGAAGCGGGCUGACGGCAGCGACCAAGCGGUGCCACAAGCCAACAUAACGAGUGACGGCCUCACGUCCAGCGUCCUUCUCACGCCCCACACGCCUGACGACUAUGGCAGACUCCUGUGUCUCGCAUCCAACGCUGUGGGGCGCCAAACCACCUCAUGUGUGGUGAACCUGGUGCCCGCAGGCCCGCCCGACACGCCCACCAACUGUUCUGCUACUCCAGGCAAGCCCUCCACCCACUCCCACCCCCACACCGCUUCCCUAUCCAUCACCUGUGUGGAAGGUUUCGAUGGAGGCCUCCCUCAACAUUUCCAGAUGGAAACGUGGCAGGAGGGUCAACUCGUCUACAACAUGACCAGUGAGUUUCCGGAGUGGGUAGUGACGGAGCUGCAGGCGGGCGUGGGUGUCAUGUUGAAUGUGAUCGCCCACAACGCCCGCGGUAAGUCAGAGCCCCUGGUCAUGGAGGUACACACUACCAGCGCCCAGCACCACGCCGCCCCUGAUGCGGUCGGUGUAGUCGACAUCCCGCCCAUCCUCGGUGCCGCUCUGGGCCUGGUGGGAGUGCUGCUAGUGCUGCUGGUGGUGGGCGUGAUCAUAGCCAGAAGGGUGCGCACCCGUUCACCACGCACGCAGAAACCCGUCGCUCCCGAAGUGCCAUUGACGCCCACAUUGGGGGAGGGUUUUGACCCCGAUGUUGUGGCCUCUAUACAGAGACGACCGCCCAGCCUCGACGUUAUCCCUCAAGACCCCGACGAAGAUGACGACGAGGAACGCUUAUACGAACACGAGCACCUCCAUGCCGAGCACGACGACGACUCACAGACUCACAUGCCACGAGAGUUUUGUGCGUACAUACACAGAACAAGUGAUGAUAGUCCGCACGUACAUGUAGAGGGACAAGUGUAUGUGCAGGGAGAUGCCGGUGGUACGUGUUCGUGCGGACACCUACGGUACAGCAGAGACCCCCAUCACCACGGUCACCGCGCAAUGUCCGAGGAGAGCAGAGACAGACAGGAGGUUCUCGUCAGUGAUACACAAAGCGACGACUCGGGAGUCUCUGAGUCAGAGUCAGAAUCAGAGCUGCGGGAGCUGAUGUCCGAGGACCAGGUAGCAGCCGUCAUUCGACAACAUCCUGACAGCGGUCGAGCGUAUGUCACUUUUUCUAGAGGUGAGCCUCUGCCACAGGCCUCCCCCGACACGGAAGUGCGCCUGGUACCGCCUGCUCACCUCGACCUCAGGACCAAACCUUCGUCCUCAGGAGAGCUACGAUCUAAAAAUUCACCUAUGGAAGUUCGACUAAAGCCUUUCGUCUCUAAAGAGUACAGGGCUUCACCGGUGUCCGCUGAAGAGCUGUGCUUGAUGCCAGCCUCAUGUAGGGAAUUGCGACUCAUUCCUUCUUCCACAGGAGAAGUGAGGUCAGCAAGAGCCUCGCCUUCUGACGUGCGGUCUCCGUCUGCAAUCACAGAGCUGAGAUCGACGAUUGGUUCUUGUGGAUCCUCACGCCCUGCAUCAAGCUGCGGAGUUCGGUCUCCGUCAACACAGAGAGAAGUCAUAUGCCUUCCUAUCUCACCAGGAGAGUCUCCAAGGUUACAUCCCAUCUCAGGGCGGAGAUCAAGAGAUGAGGCACCCAGUCGCUGCCAGCCCUCAAAAACAAGUAAAAUCUCGCGACCCUUAUCAACCAAAGACGUUCAUUUCGUACCUACAUCCAAAGACUUCUUUACCCAUGAUCAAGGUCAACAGUGUGGUCACGAUCGAACAGAAAAGGGUAAAUCAGUUACUCUCGUAGAAGGUGAACACGGAGAAAUUUUGUUAGUAACAAGAAGACCAUCAGAGACGGAAAAUGUGAAAGGCGGCAGACAUUGUACUCCUGUGUUCCCCAGUGUUAAAGUGUCAGACUCAUCUGAGAGGCACGCAACUCCUCCAUCAACCCAUCCAGUAACUCUUCCAAAAGCCGCUUCGAGAAACAGCAAAGCAAAGGCCUUGAAAAAGGCAAGAGGAAAAGAUGCAGUGUUAGUUGACAGUCCUCAAGCGCAAAAUCUUCCUUCAACCACCUCCCUUUUAGCCCAGGGAGGCGGGCAAAGUAAAAUCAGUCCAUCAGGAAGACGAAGCUACCAUCUUCCCCCUCACCCUGAUGUAUGCCGGCGAGAGAGCUCCGUAUGACCCAGGCCUCCUGAAGACCUGCACACACCUCCCUCAGUGUGACUCUCAGCAUUCCCACCGACUGAGCUCUUGCUGUUCUCAGCCACCAAAAUAAUGAGUGUCCAUGAUCUCAGCAAAGAGUUCUGUCAGACCUCACACAUAAAAACUAACCUUACCAUUGAACCACGAUAAAGGGAUACAAAGUUUUUCCAUAACCACAGCCAUUAAGUAAUUUUAUGUUUCUGAUCUCAGGGGAUUAGAAUAACUCUGACCUCUGCCAAAGAGCUCCUUAUGACCUCAGUGUGAAGUACCUUCUUGAAUGAAGCUACUGUCACAUCACUCACCACGGUGUCUCUCGUCACAGCCACUAUCUGUUGCAGGAUUCUCAAACUCUGAAGCCAAACGUCUGCCUGUCGUAGGAUAACCCACAUGUACUGUCCAUUCUCCAAUCAUUGUUAUGGUCAAUGUUUUCAUGAACUCCUUGAGCACGUUGAGUUUACCCCCUGGCUACGAUAAGUUAAGUAAUCGUACUCAAGAGGUUAACAUUGUACUCGAAGGGUUAAUAAAAAAUAUCUCACUUCCUCAGCAAUUGUUAAGUUUUGUCUUUAAACUUCCAUUCACACAUACUGCAGUGAUCUGUCUGUGUAAUCUUGGUUUAGUACACUUUGCUUCAAGACUCACCUCACCAUACAAUAAAGGGUUAUAAUUUUUGUUCCUCUCAUUUUUAUAUACUGUAUCAUAUCUCCUGUAUUUUGUACAAAUCACAUUUAUUACGUGAAAAUACAGAACAAACAGUUAAUUAAUUUUGUAAUUUUCAUUCAGAUGUGCAACGCCAUAUCCAUGUAUUUAUAUUUUUUUACAUUACCUUGUAUGACUCGUAUCACCAGAGAACAACUUAACACUGUACAGUACUUCUCCUUCACACAUCCUGUAUAUCCUUGUAAUUAUUAUUUUGUAACUCGGUUAUUAUGAUUCUCACCAUCAUACAAUUAAUAACAUUCAAAUUCUAUAUUUUCUACCUGUAAGUUGUAUAUUUACUGUAUGAAUUUGUUAUGUAGGAGCCAACACAAUAGAUGAGUGAUUACACGAGUUCUCUUCUGUUCAUUGAUGUACACGCACUACCAGAGCGUGUACAGUCCAGAGGUUUACGUGUGUAGAUGUUGUACUCAAGUGUCAUAGAGAACUGAAGAACGAACAUGAUCUUGUAUGAAAUUGUUUUGGUAUUAAUCUAUUACAGCAGCCCCUUGAACACCACUCAUGGUGAAUACCCAUUUUCCUUAAGUACACACACACACACACACACACACACACACACACACACACACACACACUUCACUUAUAUGACCAGUAUUGCAUCUUCCAGCGUGUGAAAGAAUGAGAAAUUGUUGGAUAUAUAUCAGAGGUAUUUUAAAGUAUAUUCUUUAUCAGGAAUAAGCUGUUAUUUUUGUCAUUACUCUGUAUAAGUUCCCCUGUGACCUACAGUUCCAUGACUACAUUAUUCGUCUCUACUGACACUCCUCGUUAACAAAGCGUCAGGUGAGUUAGCGAAAAACUCAGCGAAUAAUAUAGUCAGGUAAUUAAUUUGUAACAAUAAUAGAAUAAAAAUGGUAACAACUGGAAUACGCCCAAAUGUGAUUGUUA